AUGAGUUUAAAGGUUAAACGUACAAAUUGGGUGGGGAAUAUUUACCAGAAGUUUGAAGCAGCGUGCCAUGAGGUGGAUGGUAUUGUAGGCCAGGAUGCUGUUAAAUAUCUUGAGAAUCGGGUCCACAAUGUUGGGGACAGUAUGAAAAAGUUAUAUUCUGAAGUUGUAUAUGACCUACGACCUUUUCCUGCCUUGUCCGGUCCUGCUCCUACAAAAUAUGAAGCUCAUUCAGUUGCUUUAAGAAAUAAUAUUGGCUUAUCAUUUAAGUCGGGUUGUAGUGUUGAAGACGAACAUAAAAAUAAAAACGGGGUUGAGGAAAAUCUUGUGAAUAAUUUUAUUGAAUCGUUGCAGGAUUGUAAUGCAAUUGAUCUUGCCGAUGUUCAACUAGCGGGUCAUCCUGACAAACAUGAACUUGUAAAUCAAGUUAAUAGCAAAACUCGCACGGAUUUGCUGGAUGUGGAAGAUUCUUUCAUUAGUCAAAAAGAGGUUAUUGAUGACUCUAGAGAAACUUCUGUGGUUGAAAAAGAAGACUUGCAUGCAAGCAUUGAUGAGACUGCCCUCAUGUCUGCUUCUGAGCUAGAGAGUUUGAUAUCUGUUAAAGAGAAGGAAUCCCUUGAAUUUUCAAUACAUAGUCAAUCCUAUCAUGGUUCUUUUGAUAGUGCAUCUGGAGUUUCGGUGGGAAUUAAGGAUACUGACAAAGUAAAUGUUGAACAAGACCCGUGUUUGAUUUUUGAAGAAAAUAAUAUGAGUUUAUCUAGUGCAGAAGUGUUGGAUUUCCCGUCUGUUGGUGAGACAGAAUUAAGUAAAGCCUCCUUAUUCAACGAAUUAACUGAUGUUGAUAAGGGCGAUAAUGAUGUACUAGCUGAAGUUUCACCUGCUGUAUCAUAUGCGUCAUGUAAAAGGCCUAAUACCACAGAGACAGGAACUUCAGACAUCAAAUGUUCUUUAGUUUCUGAUAGUUCAUAUUCAGAAUCUCACAAAUGCAGUUCAGGGUAUGUUGCUUUGUGUACUUCAGAUAGUUCCAUGGCACAUGUUUGCCGCGAUUCCUCCCAAACAGCUGGCCAGGUCAAGGAAUCCCAUGAUGGAAUUGUUUCCUCUUGUCGCUGUCAACCAAUAGAAUCAAAUGGUGAUUCACGUUCUAUAGAAUCAAGCUUGGAAGACAUUCAAUUGAAUAAUGAUACAAAGCUUGAAGAAAGCUGUGUAUUUGUGGCUGAUAGUGAACUCUAUGCGGUUUCAUACAGAAUCCAAAAGCUUAGAUCGUAUAAGAAAAGAAUCCAGGAUGCAUUUUCUUCGAAGAAGAGGUUAGCAAAGGAGUAUGAACAACUAGCAAUAUGGUAUGGAGAUGCUGAUAUGGAGCCAAAUCAAGAUACGCCACAAACUCGCGCCCUAUUUAGUUCCAGAACAUAUGCGAACGCAGAGAAUUUGCAAGUGCAGCAGGCUUCUGAAACUGAGUGGGAGCUACUAUAA